GAUCGUUACGUCGUUUGGCACUAAACGGAGGUUCUCUGGAGUGUUCUUGGUUAGCUGUUCGGUCGUCUCAUUUGCCGUUUAUACGUUCCGGAUUCGGAUUCGCAACGGUCUCAAGUUCAGUGUUGGUGAAUCGGCUGAGUGAAAUGCUUUCAGGCAUAAUUGGCCACGUGGACGUGUCUAACAUUCAGUGAACCCGUGUUUGAAGCAACAGUGAAUAUUUGAUUAAGAAUAUUGGAUACAGACAAAUUUGGUGUGUUUCGAAAAACGGUCAGUGUUUAGUGUGGCAAAAAGACAGAACUAGCGGAAAUUAGAACAAUGAGUUCGAGAAUUGUAAACCCUGCAAUCGAGCAUCGCGCAAAGCCGCCACUACCUGGCGAUGAGAUUGUUAUUUCCGGUGUUGCCGGACGCUUUCCCAAUUCGGACAGCGUCAAAGAGUACGGAUACAAUCUCUACAACAAGAUCGACAUGGUGGAUGAUCUGGAAACACGUUGGCGUCACACCAACGUUGAGAUUCCCCGACGCAUGGGAAAGGUGAACAAUUUGGAGAAGUUUGAUGCAACGUUCUUUGGAGUGCACUUUAAACAGGCACACACCAUGGAUCCACAGUGUCGUCUUUUGGUAGAACAUGCAUAUGAGGCUGUAAUCGACGCCGGCGUGAAUCCAAAGACUCUGCGAGGAUCCCGAACCGGAGUGUUUGUAGGCGCAUGCUUCGCUGAGUCGGAGAAAACGUGGUUCUACGAAAAAAUUUCUUCUGGUGGUUUUGGCAUCACUGGAUGCUCCCGGGCUAUGAUGGCAAAUCGUAUCUCGUACACUAUGGGCCUUAACGGUCCUUCUUUCCUACUGGAUACUGCGUGCAGCAGCUCGAUGUAUGCAUUGGAUUGCGCCUUCAAUGCUAUCCGCAAUGGAGAAUGUGAUGCAGCAAUUGUUGGCGGUUCAAAUUUGCUGUUGCAUCCUUACGUAACGCUCCAGUUUGCACGACUUGGUGUUUUGGCAGCUGAUGGGUAUUGUCGACCAUUCGAUAAAGAUGCUUCUGGAUACACUCGUUCUGAAGCUGUUUGUGUUGCUUUUCUGCAGAAGGCUAAAGAUGCGAAACGUGUAUAUGCGGAUUUUGUGUACUCAAAAACCAACUGUGAUGGGUUCAAGGAAGAAGGUAUCACUUAUCCAUCAGGAUUAAUGCAAAGAAAACUGUUGUCAGAAUUCUACCAAGAGAUUAACAUCGAUCCAUCGACUGUAAACUAUGUUGAAGCACACAGUACCGGUACAAUGGUAGGUGAUCCAGAAGAAUGUGCUGGUUUGGAUAAAAUUUUCUGCACAGGUCGUACGAAACCACUACCUGUGGGAUCCGCGAAAUCUAAUGUUGGACACUCUGAAUCAAGUUCAGGGUUAUGUUCCGUCAUCAAGAGUGUGUUGGCAUUCGAGAACAUGGUGAUUCCUCCAAAUAUCAACUUUACAGAGAUACGACGGGAUAUCCCUUCGUUGGUCGAUGGCCGUUUGACGGUGGUAUCGGAUCCUACUCCACUGGAUGGUCCAUUGAUCGCGAUAAAUUCAUUUGGUUUCGGAGGAGCCAAUGCGCACGCUCUACUGAGAGGAAAUUCGAAGGUAAAAAUCAACAAUGGUUUGCCAGCUGAUAAUCUACCCAGAUUGGUCACAUGGUCGGGUAGAACCGAAGAAGCUAUCGAUGCUGUUUUGACGGAUAUGAGCAAUCGACAUCUGGAUGCUGAAUACGUCGCUUUGAUGCACAACGUUCAAAGCGAGUCGAUUCCUGGAAACGUUUUCCGAGGCUACGGAGUGUACGCUAAGAAUGGCAUUGAAAACGCUGUCUGUCUUGGUCGCGAUUGUCAGCAUUAUACAGGUCUCAAGCGCCCACUGGUUUGGGUAUUCAGCGGUAUGGGAUCCCAAUGGACUGAGAUGGGUUCAUCGUUGAUGGAGAUUCCAAUUUUCCGUACUGCAGUCGAAAACUGUCAUCAACUGCUUGAAAAAAGAGGAUUAAACCUGCUCGAGAUUUUAACAUCGAAAGAGUGCAAGUAUGAGAAUAUUCUUCACUCGUUUGUUGGAAUCGCUGCCGUUCAAAUUGGAAUCGUUGAUGUUCUUCGGUCACUGGAUAUCGAACCAGACUUUGUUAUUGGACACUCCGUCGGAGAAUUGGGUUGCGCUUAUGCCGAUGGCUGUUUCACAGCUGAACAAAUGAUCCUGUCUGCAUAUUCGCGUGGUAUGGCUAGUUUGGAAACUAAAACUGUAUUUGGUUCGAUGGCAGCUGUUGGGUUGGGUUAUCGUAAAAUUAGAACAAUGCUCCCGCCGGGAAUCGAAGUCGCAUGUCACAAUGGUCCGGAUUCUUGUACCAUAUCGGGCCCCAAGGCAAACGUCGAAUCCUUCGUGAAAGAUCUCACCGGCAAGGGAAUAUUUGCUAAGGAAGUUCCCUGCUCCAACAUUCCAUACCAUAGCAAGUACAUCGCUGAAAUGGGACCACGUCUUCUGGCACGACUGAACGAAGUGAUCCCUGAACCAAAGAAGCGAUCGUCAAAAUGGUUGAGCUCUUCUGUGCCAAAGAUUCGCUGGGAUCAACCAGAAAGCCAAUACUCGUCGGCCCAAUAUCAUACGAACAACUUGCUAAGUUCGGUGCUGUUCGAAGAAACUUCCGCUCUGCUUCCAAACAAUGCCAUGACCAUUGAAAUUGCCCCUCAUGGCCUUCUUCAGGCUAUUUUGAAAAAAUCGAUGCCAAAUGCUGUCCACUUUGGCUUAACCAAACGCGGUAACAAGGACAAUGUCCAAUACCUGUUCAACGCACUCGGAAAACUCUACGUAAACGGCCUAGAUCUGCCAGUAUCUAGACUGUAUCCACAAGUGGAAUUCCCUGUGGCCCGCGGAACUCCGAUGAUCUCUCACUUAGUCAGAUGGGAUCACAGCGAGGAUUGGUUCGUGACCAAAUUCGAGAUGCAAAAGUCAUCAAAGAGCGGGGAGCGACGCGUCAAAAUUAAGCUCAACGAUCAAGACUACAGUUACAUCUCGGGACACGUUAUCGAUGGACGUGUUUUGUUUCCUGCUACCGCAUAUCUUCACCUGGCAUGGGAGACUCUAGCCAUGGUUAAGGGACCAAUGUAUUUCGAUCUAGAAGUUGAGUUUGAAGAUGUCAAGUUCCUUCGAGCAACUUCAAUCACCAAGGAUCAGGAAAUUGAGUUCACCAUUAUGUUGCAACAGGGAACGGGUCGAUUCGAGAUCACUGAGGGUUCAGCGGCUGUCGUCACUGGUUAUAUAAAACAUGUCGAGAAUAUCCAGCUUUCCGAGAUUCCGGAUCCACCGGAAUCGGAUUACCCAAUGCUGAAUGAACGUGAUUUCUACAAAGAAUUGCGCUUGCGAGGAUACCACUACAAUGGAGCUUUCCGAUCGGUACAGGAAGCUCGAGCUGAUGCUCGUUGCGGGAAAGUCAGUUGGGAGUUGAAUUGGGUAUCAUUCCUGGAUUGUCUGCUCCAGUGUUGCAUUAUUGGAAAGGAUACCCGUUCGUUGGUAAUCCCAACUGGAAUCGAACGUUUGCGAAUCGAUCCUAAGAUGCAUCUUGCGAUUGCCAACACAAUGGAGGAAGGGCAACAAGUAUUCGACUUCAAGUAUUCCGAUAUCCUGAACACGAUGCGUAGUGGAGGUAUUGAAAUCAUCGGCAUGCAAGCGAGCACUGUUGGACGAAGAAAACCACCUGGUUAUCCGGUCUUGGAGUCCUAUAAAUUCAUUCCUCAUUUACCCGCACCAAAGUUAUCCAAAAUUAAUGCUGUCCGUGUGUGCGUUCAGUUGGCACUUGAGAAUAUACCCGUUCCAAAAGUCAAAGCAGUGGAAGUCGACUUCCACAACGAUACACCAAUCACUCCAUUGUUCGCCGAUGCACUUGGAGAUCUACCGCUCGUUACGGCGGAUCUUAUGUUCCUUUCGCAACAGCAAAUUUCUCUACCAGGGGUGCAUGUAGAAGAUGGUAAACUAUCCACCCAGUCAAACUGCCUCUUCUUGAUCUCCGUCAACUACCUUAGCCGUCCUGAAAUGGUUGAGGAGGCAACAAACAGUCUACAUGACAAUGGAUUCAUUCUGUCGAGAGAGGCGCCUAAUUUAGCAUUGGAUAGCAUUGUGGUCCCUGCCGGUUAUCAGCUAAUACUAGUUAUCCCAGUCGAAAACGAAACAUACAUUUUGUUACAACGCAUCAAACGCAAAUACCUGGGAAGCCCCACAAUCGUUCACAUUCCGGCUGACGAUGAACAAUAUAAAUGGAUUACCAAGCUCCGUGACGCCAUGAAGCAAGGUUCGGUUAUCGUCGUGUCCCAAGGUGACAGCAACUCUGGUAUCAUUGGUUUGGUUAACUGCAUUCGUAGGGAACCGGACGGUGGAAUGGUUAGCUGCGUUUUCAUUGACGAUCCAAAAGCACCCGCUUUUGAACUGGAUAAUCCCAUCUAUAAGGCUCAUCUGAAACUUGGAUUCGCCAUCAAUGUCUACCGAAAUGGACAGUGGGGAACAUAUCGUCAUCUGCAACUGCUUCAGCCGGCUGUCGUAAAACCAAGACGUGAGCAUUGCUAUGCUAACGCACUCACUAAGGGUGAUCUCUCUUCUUUGACUUGGUUGAGUGGACCUUUCAACAACCGUAGAGUCAAGGACGAUCUUGUUCGAGUUUGCUACAGUUCGUUGAAUUUCCGGGACGUUAUGUUCGCGUCCGGCAAACUCUCUGCUGACUUCGCCAAUUUAUCUCGCAUUGAGCAGCAGUGUGAGCUUGGGUUCGAAUACUCUGGAAUCGGAGUAAGCGGCCGUCGUAUCAUGGGUAUGGUUACUACAGGUGCUAUGGCUACGCACGUUGAAUGCGAGGAGACAUUGACCUGGACUGUUCCAGAUAAUUGGACGCUGGAGCAAGCAGCUACUGUUCCAGUCGUCUACACCACCGUCUAUUGCGCUCUAUUCAUCAAUGCCCACAUUCAAAAGGGACAAUCUAUUCUUAUUCACGCCGGUAGCGGUGGCGUUGGUUUGGCAGCUAUUCGUGUGUGCUUAUCUUAUGGUUUGGAGGUGUACACAACCGUCGGGUCUACUGCUAAGCGUGAUUUCUUACUACAGACAUUCCCUCAGCUGAACCCGCAAAAUAUUGGAAAUUCACGUGAUACUUCUUUCGAAAAGUUGAUAAUGACUCGCACCGAUGGAAAAGGUGUGGAUUAUGUGUUGAACUCACUUGCGGACGAUAAAUUGCAGGCUUCGUUACGCUGUCUGGGUAAAUACGGAAAGUUCCUUGAAAUCGGCAAAUAUGACAUGGCGAACGAUACGAAACUUGGACUGCAUCGAUUCUUGCGGGCGCUGUCGUUUACCGCAGUGUUGGUAGAUUUCCUGUUUACAGCCCAACCGGAGGAAAAGAUGGUACUGAAGCAAAUGCUGGACAAGGACAUCAAGGCUGGAAUUAUUGUCCCACUGAAGGCAAAUGUUUUUCUGGCCAAUGAAGUGGAACAUGCGUUCCGCUAUCUGGCCAGUGGAAAGCACGUCGGUAAAGUUGUUCUCAAGAUUCGUGAGAAUCCGAAUGACGAAGAAUCGGUACCAAUUUCGUACCUGCCUCGAAUGUAUUGCAAUCCGGAAUAUUCGUACGUGAUCGCUGGAGGUUUGGGAGGAUUCGGUCUAGAGUUGGCAGAUUGGUUGGUGCUGCGUGGAUGUCGAAAGCUAGUGAUGAGCUCCAGUCGUGGCAUCACUAAACCGUAUCAAGCCUACAGAAUCAAAAUAUGGAAACAAUAUGGAGUGGAAGUUGUGGUGAACACCGAGGAUAUCACCACGAGAAAGGGAUGUGAAGCUCUGCUCUUGGCAGCCAAUAAGGUGGGGCCGGUUGGAGGUAUUUAUAAUCUGGCUGUUCAAUUGCGCGAUAGCAUCUUCGAAAAUCAGACAGUGGAGAAGUUUACGCAAUGCAUGGGUCCCAAGGCAUUGGCUACCAAAUACUUUGAUGAAUUGAGUAGAAAACUGUGCCCAUAUAUGGUGUAUUUCGUUGUGUUCUCCAGUGUUUCGUGUGGCCGAGGAAACGGCGGACAAAGCAAUUACGGUAUGGCAAACUCGGUGAUGGAGAGAAUAAUUGAGCAUCGCCAUGCCGAAGGUCUACCCGCGAAGGCAAUCCAAUGGGGAGCAGUUGGGGAGGUAGGUUUGGUAGCUGAUAUGCAGGAGGAUAAACUUGAUAUGGAAAUUGGAGGCACACUGCAACAGCGUAUCUCAUCGUGCCUUCAAGAGCUGGAUCCGCUACUUACCACUCCCGAUGCUAUCGUCGCCAGCAUGGUUGUUGCGGAAAAACGUGUUCGGAGCAGUGGAAAGGACAAUAUAAUCGAAUCCGUUAUGAAUAUUAUGAGUAUCCGAGAUAUUAAAUCAGUUUCUAUGGAUACAACGCUCUCGGAACUGGGCAUGGAUUCGUUGAUGGCUGUAGAAAUUAAACAAACCCUCGAACGAGAGUAUGAACUAUUCCUGACACCACAAGAUCUCCGUUCGUUGACAUUCAUGAAAUUACAAGAGCUAACUGAAGCCAAGGCAAGUUCCGAUGAGAAUGUCAAAUUGAAGCUUGCUAAUGAGAAGACUCCAACCGGUGUUGCUAUGCUGUUGCGUAAUCUUGGCGAUGAAUUUAACAGUGAACACACCAUUCUUCGUUUACAAUCGGAGAACGAUUCGAAGAAAUACAACGCCUGUGUUCUGUUGACACCUGGUAUUGAAGGUGUUGCUGGUAAUGCAUGGCACAGCAUUGCCGGUCAAUUGACUCUGCCAACGUUUAUCACCCAGUUGACAAAGACCAUCGACAUGACUAGUAUAGCGGAGAUUUGUCAGUUUUUGGCAAAUGAUGUUAUCGAAAAUGUGUUCAAAGGAACGGAACACUUCUAUUUAGUUGGUUAUUCAUUUGGAGCAUUCAUAACGCUAGAAUUGGCACGGCUGCUAGAAGAAACCGGAAAACGUGGCCAAAUUUUGCUCAUCGAUGGAGCGCCGAAAUUCUUGCAUAAACUAGCUAUUGAUCAAAUGUCCAAAAAUUGGACAGAUGAAUCAAUUCAAAUUGUAUUGAUCGCUGGCAUUCUCAACACCAUCUUCCCUGAAGAAACUACAGACGUAUUACCUAUAAUCACUGAAUGUCGAACUUUCGAGUCACGGAUUGAUAAACUGCUCGAACUCGCCAAGGAUCAAAAUGUCUAUUCCGAAGGAUAUCUGCGUAUGAUGACGAAAGCCUUAUAUAAUCGUAUUAAGAUCACUCUACUGACCGACAUUAGCAACAUGCAACCGCUGGAAUCGCACAUCACCUUGGUACGUCCCACGGAAGUGUCUGUCGUGGAUAUCGAAGAAGACUACGGAUUGUCCGAGUACACCAAGGGAACUGUCAGUUUGAAAUUCCUCGAAGGCAAUCACAUUACCAUGCUAGAGAAUCCGAAACUAACGCAGAUUAUUACUGAAUCUGAUCCAGUGCUGGAGUCGGAUAGAUGCUUCCAGAAGUAUCUGCAGAGCAGCGUAAUUGCCGAAUAAUUGUGACAAGCGAUAGAAAUUUUUUCCCCUUAUUUCUUCCAAAAAAACCGCCUCAGUCUAAUAAAUCUACAUGUAAAAGGCAGUUAUUUAUUUCCUAAAUAAAAUAAGCUAAUUCAUA